AUCGAAAUACGGAGUGCUAUCUAUAUAAAACAUAUAAAGCGCUUUUUCUUUCCAGAUGACACCUCUAUGAAUUUUUUCACCACAGGAUGUUUACAGAAAGUCUGCAAACGGCACGCGAACGGCGUAAUUAUUGUUGAGAGACGGUGACAGGUCGUGUCACCGGUCGAAGCGGCUGCUCGGUGAACGUGCUGUCAAAUCUCAGCUGCCACAACAACGUUGAUUAACACAGCUGUCAUCGCAGCGUGGCAGUUUCGUUCGCGAUUGAAUGUCGCACUUUCUGUAUGUUCGUACUACCCGUGAAUAAGUUAUGAGCGUGGACAGCGAGAAUAAAUCGAACAAGACGAUGGCACCAUACACUUCGUCAGAGGCAGAGCCGGAAAACGGCGUCGAUGCGGAAACUUUGCCGGAAUUUUCGGAGGCCAUAAAUUUUACCGGCGAAAUCACUCCGGUGACUCCGGAAUUCGUUCUCCGAUUACCGACUAUUACAAAUGACUACCUCUGCUCUCCAGAGGCCAACGUCUACAAAAUAGAUUUUACAAGAUUCCAAAUUAGGGAUCUAGAAACUGGUGCUAUAUUGUUUGAGAUAACAAAACCUCCUGCUCAUGAAUGUAAAUGUGCUCAUCAUCACCAUCCUCAAGAGCCAGAGCCUGAUUGCGACGAGCUGGAAUCUGAGGAUACAAAUGCAGGACGCUUAGUGCGAUAUCAAUUCACGCCUCAAUUUCUGAAAUUAAAAACUGUCGGGGCAACGGCUGAAUUUUUAGUAGGACCUAGACCAGUUAACAACUUCCGAAUGAUAGAACGACACUUUUUUCGAGACAGAUUGCUGAAAACCUUUGAUUUUGAAUUUGGAUUUUGCAUACCGAAUAGCAAAAAUACAUGUGAGCAUAUUUACGAAUUUCCAACAUUGCCUGCGGAGUUGGUUUCCGAAAUGAUCGCGAACCCAUUCGAGACACGAUCUGACUCAUUUUAUUUCGUCGACAAUCAGCUUGUGAUGCACAAUAAGGCUGACUAUGCAUUCAACGGUGGACACGUAGAACGUAUGACACAUGACGAAUGUAAUGUACAAUUUGUUGCGGAUUAGUUGUUGCAAGUAAUAUUUAUAUAUGUAUAUGUAUAUAUACAUAUAUAUAUGUAUAUGAUUAUAGCAUCACAACUAUAUGCUACAGCAACGAUGACGAUCGCGCUGCACAUUUAGCUAGCGUCCGAUAUUUCGCCUUUUGGCACGAAAACGAGCUUAGAAAUUUUAUGGAUCAGCAUUGCUCUCCGAAUAUGCGAAUAUUAUUGCAAUGCUUGUCUAAAGUUGCUUUUAAUUUGUCGAACAAUUGAAUAGUUCCUAAUCUAUUUUUUUAUUUUUUUUUUAUUUAUGUAAAGUUGAUUAUCAAAGAUGUACUUAAUUUUACGAGAUGUUUUAUUGACGUUUGUUCUUGUACGAUACGUUCGUAUCGUAAUUUAAAUAUAUAGCACAUUGAACGAUAUGGCCUUUGAGUGGAUCCAUGUCUGGUUCUAUAAACUUUUACUCUUUAAUCUUUACAAUGCAGCCUAUACAGUGCAAUUUCCACGGCCAUCCAUGUAAAACUAUAAAACUGGAAAGGAAUGGAUAAAAAAAUCCGCGUUUUUCAGUGCUCAGUAGCGCUUUUUACUGCAAUUUCUUUUCAUUCUUACACAACUACACGAUUGUUUAAUACUUUCCACAUUGUUCUGUAAU